UGCAAGAUUGCAUAUUUUGUAAAAUUAUAUCAAAUGUUUCGCCUGUUGGGAAUUGCAAAACUAUAUUUUUUAAGAGAAUAUAAGGAGAAUAACCAAAUCAAGGAAACCCGUCCCAAGGAAGAACCAAUCCGUAAAUAAGUGUUGUACAGCGACCGUGCCAUCAGCUGCCUUUGGGGGCGUAGUGUUGCGAAGACCUCCCAGUACAUCAGUGAAAAAAUUUCUGGGAAAAAGUGGUUUUCCAGUAUUUUUGUUUUUUUGAGGAAGAAAACAUUUAAAUUCCAGCCGUUUUCACAAACUAGGACAUCCGCGUUGGUGGUCGCCAAUCGGCAACGAGUGGAGAGCAACAAUUUCAACGACAAUAACAGGAUAGGCGCAGCAGGAUAACCAAUGCUGUAGUUCUUUUUACCCCCCCGCCCGCUGUUAGCUUCCGUCAGCCCCAAAAAAUCAGGACAUCAGGAUCCAAUGGAAAGCGAAAAGAUUCUAAUGGCCGCCGGGGUGACGGUGGCCGCCGUUGUAGGAGCUUUUGUUUUCUGGGGCCCUUCUGGUUCCCGCCUGCGCCAGCGCCGUGGCCAAAUAGCCGGACUUCACAACUUUGGCCGCACUUGCUUCCUGAAUACUCUACUUCAGGCUUUAGCCGCCUGCCCACAGUUCAUCGCUUGGUUGCAGUUAUACAAUGGAGCCUCGCCAGACCGCCGGAGUCUGAUCAGUUCCAUGUUGAACACCCUGGAGGUGGUCAACGGAACGCAUGCUACCCUGCGCGGAGAUCCGCACUCGCCCGGGGCUGUACUUCGUGCUCUGAACGCCCUUGGGUGGGUAAUACCGCAGGAGGAGCACGACGCCCAUGAGCUGUUCCACGUGCUGCUCUCGUCUUUGGAGGAGGAGGCCACCCGGCCGCAGCCUAUAGGCUGUCUAUCUGAUGCCCUGCCCUUGGCCAGUGGGGGAGACAACGAUGACACCAGCAGCAUUGGUCUGGGAGCAGGUACGGCUACGCCUGUGGGUGGUUUCCGACCCAUUAGCUCCAUGGCCGGUCCCAGUCAAAGAAUUGGAGAUCAGCCGAACAGACCAUCUAGUGCCAUGCUCACAGACUUCCUGAACAUGGAAUACGACGAGAGCACCAGCCUGACUCGUCUGGUUCGCUCCGAGGCGCAUACCCCGGACUCGCCGGCCUCGGUUUGCGAACGCGAGGGAAACGAUCGCUUGGGCACUAUGCUCCUGGAUGCCGUGUCGCCUGGAACACCAUUUGGUUUUCCGCUCUCGUCGGCUGCAGCCGAAUCAAUGCCCAUCGACGUGUUGAACUCGUCAGGCGGCGGACCAGGAGGAGAGAGAAUGUCACGGGCGCGUCUGCCGCAGUCACAGGAGCUCGGACUUAAUCGUAGAGUGUCCAGCUCUUGUCGGUCGCUGGAGCGACUGCAUCGCGGGCCUGGGCGCGUCUCUAUCUGGUCGAACAUGAUGCCUAGCCAGGUAGCGCAUCCCUUUCAGGGCGCCAUGGGAGCGCAGAUAGUCUGCAACGGUUGCGGCUCCAAGUCGGCAGUCCGCUACGACAAGUUCGACAGUGUUACCCUGAAUCUGCCCCCGCAGCGUCGCACGGGAUUGAGCCUGGGCCACUUGCUCAGCGACUACAUCACGUCCGAGGAUCUGAGUGACGUCAAGUGCGAUUCCUGUAACGAGACCACCACCCACACCAAGUCGGUCACCUUCGCCAAGCUUCCGGCGUGCCUCUGCAUACAUAUUGCGCGCACAGUCUGGCUGCCCACGGGCCAGGUGUGCAAGCGGCAGGACUAUGUCCACUUCCCCGAGAGUCUCUCGAUGGCGCCUUAUAGCUUUGUGCAGCCGCAUCUCAACAGCCAGGCUGGAACUCCCUGGGGGUCUACCAUGUCCCUGUACUCAUCCAGUCUGCCCAUGAACAACGGCGUGGGAGUGGGCGGAGGGGAAGGCUUUGGCACCAUGUUCCCCAAGAAUCUGUACCGUCUCCUGGCUGUAGUGGUGCACUCUGGCGAGGCCAACAGCGGACACUUUGUGACCUACCGGCGAGGCUCGCUGAGAAACGCGCAUCGCUGGUUCUACACGUCGGACACGAUUGUGCGAGAGGUGAGCAUCGACGAAGUGCUCAGCGUGCCCGCUUACCUCCUUUAUUAUGAUCGGGGACAGCAGCGGCAGCUGCCCCUCCGCUAGGUCGCUAAAUAGGGAGCGGAAGAGGGAGCAGGAACCGUAAAGAGGUUCGGGAUCGGGAUCAUCCUAGUCAGAAGUCACUCAGCCUUAAAGGGCGACACACUCAUUCGAUGUGAUGGAAAUCCAAAUCCAAUUCUUUUUACUCGUGGCCAUAAAGAUCACGCGUCGUAGACAUACCCAUUAACACAUUUAAAAUCGUAUAUAACAUAUAUAUGUAAAAGAAUCCUAUGAUUUGUGCAGCAAUGCAAUAAUGCAUGCUGCAGUAUCAGCCCACACAGGUACACCAAAGCAGAAAUAUUCAUUUGUUAUCGAUGCAUUUAAGAUUUUUUAAGAAUUCCAAAUUCAUAAUGUGCUUUUAGGUGUCUGUAUGUAGCAAUAUACACACACAUAAAUCUACCAAUAAUUGUUUGCGAGUUAUUUCUAUAGGAUAGAUGUUCAAUAAAAAUUUGGAAAAUA